CCAUCUGUCGACCGUCGUCUUCAGUGAUCAGUACACCAGUGAGCGCCUGCAAGCGGUACACGUGAAACCGGCCAGACUCCACUUUGCACAUUUCUUGUCAUUUUUAUAGACAAAUUAUAUAUCUGUCAAAAUGCGCGAAAUUGUUCACCUCCAAGCCGGACAGUGCGGUAACCAGAUCGGUGCAAAGUUCUGGGAGGUAAUUUCAGACGAGCACGGAAUUGACCCUACCGGCACCUACCACGGCGACUCCGAUCUCCAGCUCGAGCGCAUCAACGUUUAUUACAAUGAGGCUACCGGUGGCAAGUACGUUCCACGAGCCGUGCUCGUCGACCUCGAGCCAGGCACCAUGGACUCUGUCAGGUCGGGGCCAUUCGGACAGAUCUUCAGACCAGAUAACUUCGUCUUCGGCCAGAGUGGAGCAGGGAACAACUGGGCCAAGGGACACUAUACAGAGGGCGCUGAACUGGUAGAUUCUGUACUCGAUGUUGUCCGCAAGGAAGCAGAAAGCUGUGAUUGCCUACAGGGCUUUCAACUGACACACUCCCUUGGUGGUGGUACUGGUUCCGGUAUGGGAACCCUUCUCAUCAGCAAGAUCCGUGAAGAGUACCCAGACCGCAUCAUGAACACAUUCAGCGUUGUGCCAUCACCUAAGGUAUCAGAUACCGUUGUAGAGCCAUACAACGCCACACUCUCAGUCCAUCAGUUGGUUGAGAACACAGAUGAGACCUAUUGCAUUGACAAUGAAGCUCUCUAUGAUAUCUGUUUCCGCACCUUGAAGCUCACUACACCAACCUACGGUGACCUGAACCAUCUGGUAUCUGCUACUAUGAGUGGUGUUACCACAUGUCUGCGUUUCCCCGGACAGCUCAAUGCCGAUCUCCGAAAACUUGCCGUCAACAUGGUUCCAUUCCCCCGUCUCCAUUUCUUCAUGCCUGGCUUUGCCCCUCUCACUAGCCGCGGCAGUCAGCAAUACCGGGCCUUGACUGUUCCAGAGCUUACCCAGCAGAUGUUUGAUGCCAAGAACAUGAUGGCUGCCUGUGAUCCUCGUCACGGACGUUACCUCACCGUCGCAGCGGUGUUCCGUGGUCGCAUGUCCAUGAAGGAGGUCGAUGAACAGAUGCUCAAUGUCCAGAACAAGAACAGCAGUUACUUCGUAGAAUGGAUCCCCAACAACGUCAAGACCGCCGUCUGUGACAUCCCACCGCGUGGACUCAAGAUGGCUGCCACCUUCAUCGGCAACAGCACCGCCAUCCAGGAGCUCUUCAAGCGUAUCUCUGAGCAGUUCACUGCUAUGUUCAGACGAAAGGCCUUCCUUCAUUGGUACACCGGAGAGGGUAUGGACGAGAUGGAGUUUACUGAGGCUGAGAGCAACAUGAAUGACUUGGUGUCUGAGUACCAACAGUACCAGGAUGCCACCGCUGAGGAAGAGGGAGAGUUUGACGAGGAGGAAGAGGAAGCUGAUGAGGCCUAAACAUCUCAAUCAUUCCAACAAGCAUGCAAGCAACAUUCUAUACUCAUCGAAUCAAUUAAAAAUCAAAGAAUAAAAUCUCUUACUAUUCAGUCUAAAAUCUCGAAUAAUGUAUGAUGAACAUAUUCAUCCACGUAGGUUUAUGAAGCACACUCGGUUCCAUUACCAAAUACAGAGAUUGUAGCGACUCCUAAUUUGUGUCCAAAAAGAACACAAUAAUUCAGUAUCAACUGAUGCUGAAAUAAAGACGAAUAAAACUUUAACAAAAACGUAACACGAACCAAUAGCUGCUGUUCAAGUUUGUUCAUUCAAAUGUAAUUUAAAACAUUUUUUGGACCGGACAAACCAAUAAUUUAUUUGCCAAAAGAACAACUCGACUUGUAAAGUUACUCUAACAUAAUUCAGACUCAAAUAAUGUACAUGUAUUUAUAUAAUUUUCUAUAUUUUUGUUAAGUAUCUUACAAUUUGCUCUACUCUCAUCUAUGAUUCUGAUUUCCGAUGUGCAUAAGUCAUGUCAGUACUGAUUCUUUUAUUUUCUCACAAGAAGAAAUAAUACGAAUUCACACA